AUGAUCAGUAAAGUUGAAAGUACCGCGGUGAGACGGGAAACCCAUAUAUUUGACCCAGACGGAGAGGUCAACAUAAUUCUGCAAUGCCCAGAAUAUCACUUUGCACCUUGGAACGAUCAUGAGGAACUGCCUGCCGAGGAGCCGCCUACUGAAGAGCCUCCUGCUGAAGAGCCUCCUGCUGAGGAACCUGAACACGUGAAAACGCAGGUUUUUCGUAUCCAAGCAUCGGCUAAACACUUAAUCCUGGCCUCACCUGUGUUCCAGGAAGCACUUACUGAGGGCUGGAAAGAAGGUUUUCAUCUACUUGAGAAAGGUGCAGUUGAGAUUACUAUCAGCGGCUGGGAUCUUGAUGCUUUCUUAAUUUUAAUGAAUAUUUUUCACUGUCGGCCCCAAAACUUACCUCGGGAUAUAAGUCUGGAACUGCUUGCUAAAGUUGCUAUACUAGCAGAUUACUACCAGUGCCAAACUUUAGUUCAAUAUUUCGCAGACAGAUGGAUUAAAAGCUUGAGAGUUAAUCUUCCCACGACAUAUUCCCGCGACUCGAUGUUCUGGGUAUGGGUAUCAUGGGUCUUCAGGCAAUCAUAUGAAUUUGAAAAAUGCACAUUACUUGCUAUCUCACAGAGUAGCAAUCGCAUAACAAAUCUUGGGUUGCCAAUUCCAGAACAAGAUGCAAUUACUCUUAUACUUUCCUCACUCGCCAAGUUACGAGAUGCUUUUCUAGACGGAAGCCGUGGGUGCACCUUUGAGUGUAGUUCCCUCAUGUUCGGAGCUCUUACAAAGCAAAUGCACUCAAAUGGUCUACUCUGUCCACAACCUGAAGCUCCCUUCAUAGGCCUGAAUUAUAAGGGACUGGUAGAGACCGCGCGCGCCAUAAAAUCGCCAAAGUGGCCCUCCCACUACCGAAAGUACGGUCAAAGGACUGGAUUCAUCUUUUUUCCCUACGACUUUUUCCUAUACUUCGAAAUUAUGUUAUCUUAA